AUGUCCAAACCACGUCGGAACGUCAGGUUCCCACACCGGGCGUCAGAAACCCGUCGGUUAAGUAUCUCAGAUGCCAGCGAUGCCGCUUCUGAACCCGGAAGUCCGUCAAAGAAUGGCAGCGUGUCUAAGCCAGAGACAAUCGUCGAAGAGAAACCCGAACAGCCGCAGAUGUCCGAUUACGAGAAAAAGAAGCAGACCUUCAUUACUCGCACAAUAUGGACCUUCGUGAUGAUCUUUGGUUUCUUUAUUGCCAUGUUCUCAGGCCACAUCUACAUAAUUGGCAUCGUUACCGCCGUUCAAAUCAUCUCAUUCAAGGAAGUUAUCGCUAUUGCCAAUGUGCCGAGCAAAGAGAAGAAUCUCCGUUUCACUAAAUCGUUGAAUUGGUAUUUCCUAGCCACAACCAUGUACUUUUUGUACGGUGAAAGUGUCAUCUACUAUUUUAAGCACGUACUGUUAGUCGACAAGGUGUUACUGCCUCUCGCGACUCACCACAGGUUUAUCAGCUUUACGCUUUACGUCAUGGGAUUUGUCUUCUUUGUUGCAUCUUUACAAAAGGGACACUACCGGUUCCAAUUUACACAGUUCGCUUGGACUCACAUGGCACUUUACCUGAUCGUCGUACAGGCGCACUUUGUUAUGAACAACAUCUUGGAGGGAAUGAUAUGGUUUUUCCUCCCAGCGUCGCUGGUCAUCACCAACGAUAUCUUUGCCUACGUUUGCGGAAUCACGUUUGGCCGGACCCAACUCAUCCAACUGUCUCCCAAGAAGACAGUUGAGGGGUUCCUCGGUGCUUGGAUUUGCACCAUAAUCUUCGGCUACUUCAUGACCAAUGUCCUAAUGCGCUACAAGUACUUCAUCUGUCCGGUAAAUGAUCUCGGAUCCAAUGUGCUGACGGGGUUGGAAUGCACACCAAACCCGGCUUUUAUGCCCCAACCGUACCAAGUUCCGGAGUGGACCGGAGUGGACAAGACCUUUUACAUCGAGCCCAUACAAUUCCAUAUUUUGAUCUUCGCUUCGUUCGCCUCCCUAAUCGCUCCUUUCGGUGGCUUCUUCGCUUCUGGGCUUAAGCGAACCUUCAAAAUAAAAGAUUUUGGCGAAUCGAUCCCGGGCCAUGGCGGUAUCACCGAUCGGAUGGACUGCCAGUUCAUCAUGGGCUUCUUUGCGUAUAUGUAUUACCAUAGCUUUAUUGCCGUGUACAAAGCUACCGUUGGAGAUGUCAUUGAGACGGCUAUCAAUGGCCUGACAGUCGAGGAGCAAUUAGAGGUGGUCCGAGGAUUGGGCAAGUAUCUGUACAACCAGGGCACUGUUUCUGAGACGAUUUUGGAGUGUCUGAACACUGAGCUCAAGCGCCGGUGAAGAACGUUCGAUAAUGACCCAUGCCAUUUCCAUUCUGCUUUUCAGUGACGAAACCCAACCUCCUCCCGACUUGCUCUAAAAUU